CAAGCAGCACCCCCAAUCCAUGUGUGCACCCCAUGAAUUGACUCCCUAUCCACCCCAGGACCAGGAUGGACGAGGACUUCUCCCAGAUGAAGAAGAUGGCCUUGGCCAUGGGCACGUCCCUAUCAGACAAGGACACUGAGCUGCUCCCCACGGACAUGAGACACCACGGAUCCUACAGCUACCUCAAGUUCUUUGAGCACAUGCGCAAGUUCCACGCCUCAGGCCAGCUGGACGAAGCCAUCCGAGAGGCCUUCCAGGCCCUGGACAAGGACAGGAGCGGCUUCAUUGAGUGGAACGAGAUCAAAUACAUCCUGUCCAUCAUCCCCAGCAGUGGGCCCACUGCCCCGCUGACAGACGAGGAGGCUGAGGCCAUGAUCCAGGCGGCGGACACAGACGGGGACGGGAGGAUCGACUACGAAGGUGGGGGCAGCACAGCCAGGGUAUCCUCAGGACCCUCCUUCCCCUGCUAG